AUGUGGAAAGCUAGAGCACGGGAGGCUGUGACGUCAAUACGUCGUUCGCUUGCUACGCCACUGCAUCCGCUACCGAGAGAAUACGAGAAGAUUAUAUAUGGGCGUCAUUGUAUGCUACAGUUGCUUCCCCCGGGUCUGAUUCGGUCUUAUUCCAUGUCGUCUUCCUCGACGCCAACGACACAAAAACAGGCACAAAUGGCAACAGCGGCACUAGUGGCAGCUAGUGUUGUGUAUUUGUAUGUGACGACGGAGCAUCAGAGUGAACAGGAGAAACAGCAGCGUGAACUGGAGAUUGAAAAGGAACGAAAGCUUAGCAGUCGACUUGCAGCAGAACUUGUGGCUGCUGAAGUGAAGCAGAAUAAAUCCGACUGGAAGGCCACGCUUGAGCGUGUUGUACCAGCCAUUGUGUCGCUUAAACUCAACUCGCCUAAGUUUUUUGACACUGAGUUACCAGGCAAUGGAUCUGCAACUGGAUUUGUAGUGGAUGCAGAGAAGGGGAUCAUUUUGACCAAUCGUCACGUGGUCGGACCUGGACCUAUUGAUGCGGAGGCUGUUUUUCAGAAUAAUGAGGAAGUGCGUGUGAUUCCUAUUUAUCGUGACCCUGUCCACGACUUUGGUUUCUUUCAAUUUGAUCCGGCGGAUGUAAAGCACAUGUCGGUGCCGUCGUUGCAUCUGGAGCCGGAAAAGGCCACCGUUGGAACGGACAUUCGUGUGGUUGGCAAUGACGCCGCCGAAAAGCUUGCGAUUGCAAGUGGCACACUGGCUCGUCUUGAUCGCGACGCGCCAAAUUACGGGUACAACAGCUACAACGACUUUAAUACGUUUUAUUACCAAGCUUCGUCAGGAACGACUGGGGGAUCUUCAGGUUCGCCGGUGCUCAACCACGACGGUGAUGCGAUUGCACUUAAUGCCGGUGGUAAGAUUGGUACAGCAGCAUCUUUUUAUUUACCCUUGAAUCGAGUGAAACGAGCGUUCGAUCUAGUUCGAGAAGGUAAGGACGUGCCUCGGGGCACCAUCCAGACUGUUUUUAAUUACAAACCCUUCGACGAGGUGCGCCGACUUGGCGUCGACCCUGCCACGGAAGCACUUGUCCGCUCCUCUUUUCCUUUGGAAACGGGGAUGCUGACAGUAGCAGAAACAAUCCCAAUGGGUCCAUCGAGCAAUAAAUUGCAACCAGGCGAUGUGUUGGUACGAGUUGAUGGCGACUUGGUCACUCGAUUUGUACCGCUUGAGGCAAUACUCGAUGAUAAUGUGGGGAAAGAGGUUGAGCUUCAAGUAGAGCGUUGUGGAAAACUGGUAACUCAUAAAUUGCAGGUCCAAGAUUUGCACUUGAUCACUCCGUCGCGCUUUAUUGAGAUCGGCGGGGCGGUCAUUAACCCACUUUCUUACCAGCAAGCACGAAACCAUGUAAUGAGUCCUGGAGCACCAUACGUGGCUGAUCCGGGUUACUUUCUUCAACGUUCGCGUAUUGGUCGUGGCGCGAUUAUUCACUCAGUGAAUGGUGUUAAGACGCCUGAUCUUGAAACGCUCAAGAACUAUCUGAAACGAUGCAAGGACCGCGAUCGCAUUGUUGUCAAAUUUUCAAAGCUGACGGAUAAAUCAGAGAAGGUUGAGGUUGUGCAUGUGGACCGCAGGUGGUUUCCGUUCUGCGAGUACGUGCGCGAUGAUAAGCUUGGAACGUGGCAUUGUGAACAUUUCUCACCACCUAGCGAAUGCAAAACCGCUUGCGGUGAUUAUGACAAGGAUGCAGCCAACGAUGAGCUUAUCGGUUCAACAACAACCUUGCCUGGCAAAAACCCUGUGGAAAAUAAGCUUGCCCGGUCCUUGGUGACAGUGGAUUUUGACAGACCAUUCAGCGUGAACAGUUUAUCAACGUCGAACUAUCGUGGCACAGGACUUGUGAUCGAUGCGAAGAAAGGACUUGUGGUUGUAGACCGCAACACUGUGACUGACUCAAUGGGCGAUGCCAUGGUGACGUUUGCCAGCACCAUCAUGGUUCCAGCUCACGUGGUGUUCGUCCACCCGGUGCAUAAUUUUGCGAUUGUUCAGUACGACCCAAAGCUCAUUGGAUCGACACCUAUUGAAAGCUGCCAAGUGGCAUCAAAACCACUCGUACCGUCCGAUCCGGUGUGGCUCGUAGGUCUCAUGAGCAGUGUGGGUCGGAGCGGCCACUCUGAUCUUGUGUCUCGUGAGACGAUCGUGUCUGGCGUGAAGUGGAUUGGGCUGCCAAUGCCCAUUCCGCCGCGAUACCAGGAGCAUAAUUUAGAAAUGGUAUCUUUGCAGGACGUUGUUGGCACUGAAGGCGGUGUCGUUUGUAGCGAAACGGGUGAAGUGGGUGCGCUUUGGGCAUCUUUCUCUUUUCAACAACAGCGCCAUAGCUCAAUGGUGGAAAGCCAAUUCAACCGCGGCAUUCCGAUGGAUCUAAUCAUGGAGAGCGCAGCGCCGCUUAUGCGUGGGGUGACGCCAAAAAUAUACGAUCUGGGCGUUGACUUUGAGCACUUGAGUUUGGCUAAAGCUCGGGAGCUUGGACUUGGGCAAGCUCUAGCCGAGAUUCUAGAAAAGGACGCGCCAGAUCGUCGGACAAUCUUGACCGUAGCCCGGCGAUGGGGCGGUACAGAGGCACAUGACGUGCUUAAGAAUGGCGAUAUUUUGGUUGCUGUCGACGGCAAGAUUGUGACAAGUUUCCGUGAGGUAGAACGUUGCACACAGAAGCCAGAGGUACAGCUAACAAUUGUGCGCGAUGGACGCGAGAUGCAUCUGAACGUAAAGACUCUUUUCAUGGAGCGUACAGAGAUCAACCGUAUUGUAUUCUGGCAGGGAUUGUUGCUACAAGCGCCACCAUUAUCUGUCUCGGCACAACGCAGUAUCUCACUGGACGAUGGCAUUUAUGUGUCUUGUCGAUAUGCGGGUUCACCAGCGGCUCGUUACGGUCCACAGCCCACAAGUCGUAUCAAGGAAAUUGAUGGUAUCAAAAUCACCAGUAUCGAUGAUUUUCUUCGCGUUGUGACUGCAAAAUCCACGAACGACUCGGUGCGUAUCAAAUACACUGAUUUAAGUGGCAAGGAUCGUCUCAGCACACUCAAGUUAGAACCUAAAUACUGGCCUACCAGUGAAUUGGUUUACGAGGAUGGCGAGUGGCAUCGGCAAAACCACCUCUAG